AUGGAAAACAAUCUAGGAAGCACGAGUAAGACAUCAACCACUACUAAGGAGUUUCCCAAGCUCCUUUUCGGACAUGGUAAAGAGCCUGAAGUUGAGAAAAUUAACAACAGCUGCAGAUUAUCGAUACUUAGGAAAAUCAAGGAUGCUUUGCCAAUAGAGUAUGAGAAAGUGAAGUCUGAUCCUCUGUUUGCACAAGUCUUCGCCAUAUACGAAAAUGGUUUACAUUAUUCGGGUCGUCUGGUGCACAGCCUAAUGUGUAGACAAUUGGUAACAAGAAAACAACAUGAGCUCUGGUUUGUGUUUGGAAACAAGCCUCUCCGAUUUUCUUUGCAAGAGUUCUACGCAGUGACUGGGCUGAAAUACAAUGAUGAUUUCAAGUAUGAUUUAGAUACUUGGAAAGAUGAUAAGGGGUUUUGGAGCAAGUUGCUGAAAAGAGAGGAGAAGAUAUGCAUUAAGACGAUGAUGUCUACGCAUCUAGGAGCAGUUCACAAGUGGUGUAAAGUAGAUAGGAUUAGAUUUGUCUAUUUGUGUGUGAUUGCUGGUUUGGUAAUUGCGAAAGAUGAGAAGAAAGCUAUUCCAGUACAUUACAUCAAAUUGGUGAUGGAUCUUGAGAAGUUAAGGGCGUAUCCUUGGGGUUUACAUUCGUUUGACUAUCUUGUCGAGUCGAUCACAAACGCAAAAAAGGACUUGAAGAAGACUAAAAGCUACGCCCUUGAUGGUUUCUCAAUUGCACUACAGAUAUGGGCUAUGGAAGCAGUUCCUAAAAUAGGAGGAAUAUUAGGAGUGAAGCUUAACAAGAACUUGGGAGCUUCUCUUAGAUGUUCUAACUGGAAAGGGGCAGCAAAAGUUUCUUAUCAAGAAAUUAUCGAAUUAGAGACAGGAAUGACAGCAGAGGAUAUUGUAUAUCCAUACAUUUCCAUCACAGGAAAUUAUGAUGUAUAUGAGUCAGUGGAUUUCCUGAGGCAAGGUGAGAACAGUGAUGUUGCUUUGAAGAACUUAAACGCUUUGAUAAGAACUGGUUAUGAUUUUUCUGACUUUGAGUGGGAUGCUGUUGAGAGUCCUGAUGUCGAGGAAGAAACGAUAGAUGAGGAUUUAGUAGAAGAUGGCUAUGUGGAAGGUCAAGGUGAGAUACAUACAAAUGACAAGGAAGAGGCGAAUGUCACUGUUGAAGGUAGCCUACUCUCUGGUUUGCAGAGUAAUGAGCAUGAAAUGGCGACAAGUUCAAAGAAGAGAAGGAGUAAGGACGGUGACCACGGUGCACAGACAAGGAAGAUGAAACUGUUAUGUCAAAGAGCUCCAGCCGCACCACAUGGUUUUGAUGAAGAGAUGAAAACAUUCAUCAGAGAAAUGUUUGAAACUUCUUUCAAGCAUUUUGGGCAAGAAGUAAGCAACAAAUUAGGAAAGAUAGAGCUAGAUGUAGCAACACUCAAGAAAGCAGUGAUCACUAUGGAUGAGAAUUCGAAAAAAGACAAGGCACCACCAUUCGGUAAUGGUCAACCAGUGGACGAUAAUUGUCUGUUUCAUGAAUUAUUCACCCGUCCGGGUGAAAUAGACCUUAAUAUGGAUUCGCAAGAUCCAGAUUUUCUGCAAAAAGAAAUGGGGCAUCUUUCUCAAAAAUCACAAGCACCGGGUUUUGAUCCAUCACAGGGUAUAUUUUCACAAAACCUCGAGAAACAACAGCGCAAAGACGACACUGCAGAGUUUAUGGAUUGGAAUGAUAAGGGUGAUUCGGGUAAAUAUGACGCUGACGCGGUGUUGGUAUACUUACCUGAAGCUAGAUGGACUGCUUUUGAAGCAUGGUUUAGGAACGUAAAGUAA